CUCGACUUGACGAUGCUCCCCUCUUGACUUGGUUCCCCGCAAAGCAUAUGCAACCUCUCUCCGUCUCUCUCCCCCGCCUCACACGACACAACCUAAUCUGAACUUGCCUUGGUGAUCGAUCGAGUUGUCUGUCUUGUCCAGUACAUUAACUGUUGCGACCCUCUCCAAGAACCACCUUCUCUGCUUGUUCUUGUCUUCUGCUGCGUCGCCACUUCUGCCACCACUUUCGAACCUGCAGGCCGUCGUCACCUGCAGUCCAUGUUCUCCACCAGCACCAAGUCUCCAUCCUCCCAAGUCUUCACGAUGGCCGGUGCGGAUGCUGCUUUCUGAGGGUGGUUCCCAGUCGUCGGUCUGCCUCCCAGUUAGCACUCACGAUGGGACCACCCUCUGAGUCCUGCAAAUCAUCGUCAUCAUCAAUUGGAUCCACCUUCAACAAUCACGCAUAGGAAUCAAACCAACCCCAGUCGGCGUAAACUCGCAGCAUUUCGCCCCCGAAUCGGGACUUCCGGCCCUUCCACCACGGAGACCCUGAAAUCGAGAAUACCGAACCCACUCAUAUCCACCACCACAACAAUCACGACGCCAUAGUCCCUACCACACGAGUACAAUCCAAUCGGCCUUGGAUUGCAUCACGCGACUACGUUUAUUCAGCAUACAAGAUACCCAUCGGCGUAUUUCAUCGACGCCACCAGCACGACCACCACCACGAAGGUUACUGUUGAGCACACCAAGUCGGAGUUUUACGGACAUCGCCACCAACAACUGACACCACCAACCCCUCACCCCCUCCACCGACUCCCGCAAUGGUUCGCAGGCCGGCCAAGGGGGCCCGAGCCAGGGGCCUCGCCUCCCCCACGCCCAUCUCGUCCAGCGUCACCACCCCGAUCAGCUCCGCCCUCACCUCCGCCUACACCACCGAGGCCGAGCUCGACCCCGACGACCCCAACAACCUGGCCAUCGGCGCCCUGACCCUCGACGUCCCCAUCGCCAACAGGAAGCCCAAGAAGGAGGUGGUCCAGCCCUUCCGGUUCAUGGACCUGCCCUCGGAGCUGCGGGUCAAGAUAUACGCCUUCCACUUCGCCGACGUCGGGCCCGUCGUGGACCUCGAGCCGGGCAACUACUUCACCAUCCACAAGAAGCUGUGCGUCCUGCGCGUGUGCCGCCAGUUCUACCGCGAGGCGUCGCACGUCUUCUACAGCGCCCGCACCUUCCGCGUGUUCCCCAUCGACGGCCGCUACUCGCGCAAGAAGCUGGGCCUGCUCGCCCGCCUCAAGCCCCAGUCGCGCGCCCACCUCACCUCCCUCGAGCUGCGCCUGGGGCCCGGCUUCAACAAGCCCUACCGCAGCUGGGCCGUCAGCGACCUGCUCGGCCUGCGGGACUGCGCCGGCGUCCGCCGCCUGUCCGUCCACGUCGAGAUCGACCCCAGCGACAACAUCUUCAACGGGUGGCGGCGGUCCACCGGCUUCUACGAGGCCUUCUCGCAGGAGCUGCUGGGCGGCCUGCUGGACGGCCUGCCGGGCGUCGAGUCGGUGCAGUUCGACGCCAACACCGCCGUCAAGAGGGCGGGCGACAUGAUGCAGGGCCUGCUGGCGGUGGUCGCCGCCAGGGACCUCCCCGUCACCUGGGGCCCCGAGAGGGGCUGGACCGACAACGAGGACGACGAGGUCGACCACGAGCCCCCCAUGGGCCCGACCGCGGCGAUUGAUUGGAGCCUGCCCCCGCACGCCGUCAUGGCCGCACUGGCGCAGGAGGUUUUGGCAUAGGAGGUUGUGUUUUGGGCGUUGGAGUUUUCUGAUUUGGGCUAAGGAGGCGUAUAUUGGAAUUUGGUCCAUGGUAGCAGUUUUGAAGCUUUUGUUUACAGUGUGCAGCUUUGCAAGGCAGGAUGGUCUGGCUCGGCGAGGACUCUCUGCUCACCACGAUUGACGGAUGGCGCUCAGUUUUCCGGCUCUUUGAACAGUCAUGAAUUAACGACUGCUGGUUGCUUUAUUGGAUGCUUUUGUUUCACGAGGGGAUGCAAUCAUCACCGACUUGCGGACUUUUGGGCGCCUUGGGGGACAUGGCAUAGCAUGGCAGCUGGAUCGGCAUCAACAUGGUGACUACCUAGGUGUCUAUAUAGCAAAUAAAUCCUCGUAACCAGUAUACACAUACUCAAGACCCACCACCACCACCACCACCAACCACAGACACCCCCCCAAAAUCAACAAGACUGACAACCUCCCGAAUCCUGCCCCCCUCGAACCAAUAAAACACAAUCUCCCCAAUGUCCACGCGCCCCCCACCCCCACCACCCGCAGGCGCCGCCGCCGCCGCCAGCGUCCCCCGGAACCGCAGCCGCGCCGCGACCAGCCCCCUCGCCCCGUCGGCCAGCAGCCCCUCCACCUCGACGUCGACGUCGGGCACGGCGGCGCGCACGGCCUGCCCGAGGCCGUGGUACGCUGGUAUGCCGAGGGGGCGGCGGUUGUGUGUUACCGUGGGCUGGUGGAGGAAGGCCGGCAGGGCGGGGAGGGCGGUGGUGGGGGGCGACAUGAAGGUUUUGAGGUAGGUUUUGUAGGUCUGCUUGAGGGAGGGGUGUGGGUGUGGAUGUGUUGGGAUUGUGGAUGUGCGGUGGGGUGGGGGUGGUGUUUGGGGCUGGGGCUGGGACUGGGACUGGGAUGCGCCGCCGUGGGUGUCGUCGAGGAUCACUGAGGUGGAGGAGGGGUCUGCGCCGGCGGCGGAGGUUGUGGUGGUGAAGAUGUGUGCUGCCAGCUCUGUGGGCGGCUUUGGGCUGGGUGUGAUGUCCCGCAGCGUGAGGAUGAGCCUGGCCGCGACGAGGGGGGACUCUGGGUCCCUGACGAGGAGGUCGAGCUCCGAGGCGAGGAUCUCGUGCCUGGCCUCGUUGAUGGUUAUCUCUGCGCGCUCGUGUUCUUCGCCCCUGAGGUGCCGGCUGAGCGCUUUGAGGAUGGCGGCGGUGGUUGCUGCGUUUGGGGGCAUCGUGAUUACAUGUAUGCUUCGUUCUUGUGAGUAGACAACAAUCAGUUAGGUCUUUGGGCCGGUUGGGCGAAGGCCUCGAGCCGGUCUGGAAUUGUUGGUUCGAGGGCAGGGAGCAUGAGCAAACUGCUUUGUG